AUGUCCAACACACCAACUCCUGCUCCCACCCCUGCACCUACUCCGGCUCCCACUCCCGCACCUACUCCAGCUCCCACUCCCGCACCUACUCCAGCUCCCACUCCCGCACCUACUCCAGCUCCCACUCCUGCUCCAACUGGCCCCACUCCCGCACCUACUCCUGCACCAACUGGUCCCACGCCAGCACCUACUCCUGCACCAACCGGUCCCACUCCUGCACCUACUCCUGCACCGACUGGCCCCACUCCAGCACCUACUCCUGCUCCAACUGGCCCCACUCCUGCACCUACUCCUGCACCAACUGGUCCCACUCCAGCACCUACUCCUGCACCAACUGGUCCCACUCCAGCACCUACUCCUGCUCCAACUGGCCCCACUCCCGCACCUACUCCUGCACCAACUGGUCCCACUCCCGCGCCUACUCCUGCACCAACUGGUCCUACUCCUGCACCUACUCCUGCACCAACUGGUCCCACUCCCGCACCAACUGGUCCCACUCCCGCACCUACUCCCGCACCAACUGGUCCCACUCCAGCACCUACUCCUGCACCAACUGGUCCCACUCCCGCGCCUACUCCUGCACCAACUGGUCCCACUCCAGCACCUACUCCUGCACCAACUGGUCCCACUCCUGCACCUACUCCUGCACCGACUGGUCCCACUCCCGCGCCUACUCCCGCACCAACUGGCCCAACUGCAGGUCCCACUGCUGGCCCAACUGCAGGUCCCACUGCUGGCCCAACUGCAGGUCCCACUGAUGGCCCAACUGCAGGUCCCACUGAUGGCCCAACUGCAGGUCCCACUGCUGGCCCAACUGCAGGUCCCACUGCUGGUCCUACUGCAGGUCCCACUGCUGGCCCAACUGCAGGUCCCACUGAAGGCUCAACUGUAGGUCCCACUGAAGGCCCAACUGUAGGUCCCACCGCUGGCCCAACUGCAGGUCCCACUGAAGGCUCAACUGCAGGUCCCACUAGUGGCCCAACUGCAGGUCCCACUGAUGGCCCAACUGCAACCCCCACUGCUGGCCCAACUGCAACCCCCACUGAUGGCCCAACUGCAACCCCCACUGAUGGCCCAACUGCAACAGCCACUGCUGGCCCAACUGCAACAGCCACUGCUGGCCCAACUGCAACCCCCACUGCUGGCUCAACUGCAACCUCCACUCAAUAA